AUUGCUGAGCUGUGACUGACGAGGAUCGCCGCCUGCAAUAUGACACUGGAGGAGCUGACUGGAGAGCAGAGCCGUGGAAAGAUGGACAGUGUGGGCACCGCAUUGGAGGAGGUGCUGGACAAAGCCAAGCUGCAGAGGACCAUCACCAUCGGGGUGUACGAAGCAGCCAAACUUCUCAAUGUGGACCCGGACAAUGUGGUGCUUUGUCUGCUGGCCACAGAUGAAACAGAAGACCAGGAUGUCGCUCUGCAGAUUCACUUCACUCUGAUCCAGGCGUUCUGCUGCGAGAACGACAUCAACAUCCUGCGAGUGAACAACAUGAGCCGGCUGGCCGAGAUCCUGGGCGGCUCUGACAAGCCGGGAGAACCUGCCGACCUGCAUUGUAUUCUGAUCAACAAUCCGCAUGCAGCUCCAUCUUUGCCAGUCAUGUUGUUAGAGGGGAAAAAAAUGGGACAGAUCGGAGACUGCCGGAGGACACAAUGCUGA